AUGAAACAAAAAAAUACAGCUAAACCAACAAAGACUGUCAAACCAAAAGCAAACAAAAAAAGCACUCCAAAAGACACCAAAUGUGUGCCAAAAACAACUAUACAAACAAGAAGAAGCAAAGAAUUACAAUCAGUCUUAAAUACCACGCAUGAUUCGGGCAGUAGUAUUAACAUUUCUGGUAGAAGUUCAAGAUCAAUGAAAAGGCUAGAAAAUUCGAAAGAAAAUAUUGAACCAAUAAUAACGAGAAGUGGGAGUAAAAACAUUGAUGAUGAACAAAUAUUUCCUGAAAAAUCUGUUAGGGCGAAUGGAAAUUCAAAUUUAGACUUACAAAAGAAAAGGCUGCUGGAUGAGGAAGAAAGUAUUUCAGAAAGAAAAAGGAGUAAAAUUGAUAAUAAUUUUGUACAAUCUGAUAAACGAAAUGAUAACCAGCAUUCCGAUUUUGAUGAUAAUGAUUUUAUGUUUAAGAAACCAUCUAUGCCGGUCCGUAAAUCAAAUAAGACCCAAAAGCAUAAUGUUACUGAAGUACUUAUUUCUAAAUCAUCACAACAACUUACUCAGAAAAUGAACCAAGACUCUGACAGCCAUACCAAAAAUUUACAAGAUUUAGAUUCAGAUAAUAACAACCAAACAGUAAUUUCUCAAAACAGCAGCGAUGUUUCAAUGAAACCCAGCUUUAUAAAACGGAAACUUUUAACACAAAAAUUAGACCUCCUUGAGAAUAAAAACCUCAAUAGCGAUUUAGCUGCACCAAGUCCUCAGACGAAAUCAAAUGUAUGUAAAGAGAAGAAUAAAACAAGGAAAUUAGUAACAUCCCAAUCGUGUCUCAGUAGAGAUGUUGUAGAUGAUGAAAAUAAUGUUUUGGAUCUGAUACACAAAAUUGUACCAGCCGAUCAAAUGAAUUUAACUACUGCAAGUAAUAAGAGGACAAAUAAAAGUAACAAAGUACCAGAUGAUAAUUGGGAUGUGGCCUCUGUUGUGUCUCAAUGUAACAGUGCUGAUGGUAGCGAUACAUAUACAGAUGAAGAAAUAUUCAAUUUACAUAAUACUAUUAAGAAGAAAGGUGAUACCAAGAAAAAACAAGAAACUAAAGCUAUCAAAACUGCAAUAGGAGAUUGUAAGGUUGUUCUGCAAAAUGUAAUAAAGCCUAAUGCUUGUAAGCAUAACGUUAAUGGUACAACAGAAUCAUCAUCUACUAAUAUAAAAACUAUAAAUAAAGGGGCAGUGUUGAAUUCAGUUAAAUCAUUUUGGGAAACUGAUAUGGAGAGUGACAUAGAGAGUCACAGUACACCAGCCUGGAAACAAAAAAACUACCAUCAAUCAAGUGAAAGAACCAUUGAAAGAAACACCCAAUGUAACUAUCUUGCAACCUGAAAAGAGAAAAGCUAAGGGUAGCAUGAUAACAGUAAGAGGCUUAAAAAAUAAAAUAAACAAUAAAACAAUACUAAAUGAGGUAAAGAAACCUUCAGCUAGCCCCCAAAAAGUAGAUAUGCCUAAAGAAAUGGAACCUGCAAAACCUAAGGCUGCAACAAAUAAAAAGACAGCAAGACAAACAAAAAAAGAUACAACAAAACCCAAUGAAAGUGUUCUUAAUACAAGAUCUACACGUAACUCAAAGAAGCUUCAAGAUUGUUUCUGUAGUGAUGAUGUAUCAAAUGACAGUAAUACCCAAACGAAAAAAAUGAAACAAAAAAAUACAGCUAAACCAACAAAGACUGUCAAACCAAAAGCAAACAAAAAAUGCACUCCAAAAGACACCAAAUGUGUGCCAAAAACAACUAUACAAACAAGAAGAAGCAAAGAAUUACAAUCAGUCUUAAAUACCACGCAUGAUUCGGGCAGUAGUAUUAACAUUUCUGGUAGAAGUUUAAGAUCAAUGAAAAGGCUAGAAAAUUCGAAAGAAAAUAUUGAACCAAUAAUAACGAGAAGUUGGAGUAAAAACAUGUCAGUAAGUUUAUAGGAAAUAUGCAGUGACUCUUUAAAUAGUGUAAAUAUGUGACAUAGUAUUUGUGUGCUUGACCUUCUUUUAUAUUUAAAUAGCAUCAUGAUUUUAGAUUAAGAGGCAGGACCGAAAUAGAGUUUAUUAUUUUAUACUUUUCAAAUGGAUUUUGGAUAUUUCCAGUGAAAUACCUAAUAAGUAAAAUCUUAUAUGCACAAAUUAUGUGGGUACAUUUAAUUUG